AUGGAGUCUACCAGAGAUCUUUCUUUCUUUCCCUCAAUCUCUUGGGCCGCCGCCCGAUGGACCCAGAUCCUUGGAGUCGGGCUCGUGGCGUGGGCGCUCUACGGAACUUUCCUGGCAAUCUACAGAGUCACCCUACACCCGUUGGCAAAGUUUCCCGGCCCGAAGUUCGCCGGCGCGACAUACGGGUACGAGGUCUGGUUCGACGUGGUGCGCUGGGGAAAGUUCAUGCAUGAUUUCAAAAGUCCCAUCGUCAGGAUCAACCCGGAUGAAGCUCACUGUAAUGACCCUGAGUUUGUGGACAUCAUCUACGCGAAUGGAAGCAAGAAGCGCAACAAGUCGAAAAUGUUUGUGGAGGGAUUUGCAGCAGAAGCAGGAUUUGGCACAGUUGACCACGCCCAUCACCGCCCCCGCAGAGCGGCAGCGAGCAAGUACUUUUCCCGAGUACAGAUUGCCAAGUUGGAGUGGGUGAUUCACCAAGAUGCCCAGCGGCUAUGCGACAAGUUCCUUCGUGAUUACUGCUUCGGGCAGCCAUUCGGCUUCCUUCAACAGCCUGAUUGGGAGCCCAACUUCAAGGAGGCAGUCUAUGUCAUGUUGCAGUUGAUUCACAUCAUGAGACACUUCCCGUGGACGACGUGGUUGAUGGAGGCUGUUCCGUUGUUGAUGGUCAGACAGACCAAGUCAGCAUACGAGGCCGGUAUCAAUCGCGACCGGACGACGGUGACCCACUCACUUCUGGAGUCAAACCUGCCACCCGAAGAGAAGACAAUCAAGCGACUGACUGGCGAGGCGACUUUGAUGCUUGCCGCUGGCACCGAGACGACAGCCUCAGCACUCAGCGUGUGCACGUAUCACUUGCUUCGCAACCCAGACGUCGUUGAGAAGAUCAAAGCCGAGCUUCUCUCCGUCACGACGGAUCCAAAGCAGAUACCGACCUGGGCCACCCUGGAGAGGCUACCUUACUUUGGGGCCUCUAUCAUGGAGGCACUGCGGAUGGGUUAUGGUUACCCGUCGAGACUGCCUCGAAUCGCACCGGACGAAGACUUGGUCUACCAAGGCACGCGGACACCGCCGGGCGCCUCGGCGCCGGUAGAGGUGACGCAUGUCAUCCCGCGAGGUUAUGCGAGCGGUAUGUCGGCGUGGAUCAUGCAUCACGACGAGAGGGUAUUUCCCGACUCGAACAAGUUCCUUCCUGAGAGAUGGCUUGAUGAAGAUGGACAGAGAAGGCGGGGUUUGGAACGGUACCUAUUGACGUUCUCCAAAGGAAGCCGGCAGUGUUUGGGCAUGCAGCUGGCAUACUGCGAGCUUCACGUGGCCAUUGCUGCCAGGACGUUGCGCGUCCUGCCGCAGUUGAGACUCUACGAGACGACAGAUGCCGAUAUUGAGUAUGAUUAUGACCUUGCUGUUGCAAUGCCGAAGAAAGGCAGCAAAGGGAUCCGUCUAGAAGUGGUGUGA